AUGUAUGCUAUGAAACUAGAUGGCGAGCUCCGGCCUGACGGACGCCAAGUUCUGAAGCACCUCCAGAACGUGUGCAUCGUGUACGCGUGCUUGGCGGUCAAGCGCAACGCCGGGAUUGUCUCCACACAGGCCAAGCACGCGGCAGCGGCGCAGGGGUACAAGGACAUCGCUGUCCCUGGGUUCUUCAAGUGGCUCCAGGAAAACUUGGACAAGGAGGAUUUCUUCUUGCAGCCGUGGCUCACGUUCGAGGACAACCUGGGGACCAACUACCGUCGGGCAGCCAAGACGAACGCCAUCGAGUACCUUCUGGACGAAGUCUACCGCAUGGAAUCCGGAACGGGGGACGCAGAGGACCCGAUCGAGUUGGAAGAGCGGGGUGGCGGUGAGGGAGAGGGUUCGGAAGAUGGCUCUGGGGAAUCGUCACCGACGGAGAGCGAGGACGGCGGGGGUGGAAAGCAGAAAGGAACGGAGGAAGCAGUGAUGAAGAAGGAGCCAGAAGACGAUACGACGGGCAACGGGGAUGAUGCCCCUUCCGAAGAAAUCACACGAGAAGAAGGCGGGUUUCCGCAGAGGCCCAAGAAGUGGAUGCACCAGUAUCUCCUGACAUUCUGUUUGAUUGGAAGACCAUGCAGCAGCGAGGACCCUGACCUCCGAACCGCACGCAAAACAUCCGGAGCCAAGGGUCGCGGAGCGUCCGGAGCCAAGGGUCGCGGCGGGAAGCAGAAGGCGAAGAAAGGGUCACCCGGCACCAGCGACGAAAGCGGGUCGGAGGCGAGCGGUGCGUACACCGAGGUUGAUCUGUCGUCCAACGCGAUCCGGAUGUUCACAGGGGCCGGCGAAAUUCAAAGCCAAGCACAGGCAACCUGGUGA